GCAGAAAAAGAUGAAUGACGAAUCUAUCCUGGCGUCUUCGCCGAAUUCAAGAGGGUAGAAGUUCAGGCCGUAGACUUUGUCACUGCCAACGUCUUUGUCCAACCGCUGCAGGGGAAGUGAUGUCGUUGUAGGAAGGUCGUCAUGGAGCUGUGAAGCGUACUCUUCGCCGUGCUUUCACUCGCAGUGGGUUAGCUACCUAGGCUAGCUUCCAGACCGAAUGCUCGCUCGGAAGCGGGCCGGUGGAUCAUGUCUCGGGAGUAAAAUAAUUCCAGGUGCUACAAUAAAGGAUAAAUAUUCGGUGAACGGACGUGAGGAUAGUAAAGUGGCAAACAACGACAGUACUUGCACCGUUCGCGUCGCCUUCCAUUCGACAAGUAUGUUUGAAGUGUGGUUCAUCACCGGUGUCUCCUCCGGGCUAGGCUUCGAGAUGGCCUUGCAAGCACUGCAGCAGGGCUUCCGGGUCAUCGGCACAGUAAGAAACAAGCAGCGAGCAGCGAAGGAGAUUACGGCGAUCGAAGGGGCGGGCGGGACGAUUGUUGUUCUGGAUAUCACAGAUGCCGAGGCCUGUUAUAGAGUGUUUGCUGAAGCGGAUAAAAUACACGGACAGAUCGAUGUGCUGGUAAACAACGCCGGAGCUUCAUAUCUGGGGGCACUGGAAGAUUUUACGUAUGUCACGAUCACUAUCUACUGGGGAGCCGCGCUGACGUGCAAGCGGAUUGACAGCGACGAAGAAGUGCAAGCGCAAAUGGACCUGUGCUUCGGGGCUCCGUACCGUUUGAUUCGAGCAGCGCUGCCAUCGUACCGCCGUAGAAGGACGGGGACAAUUGUCAACAUCAGCAGUAGUGCCGGGAUCGAUGGAAUCGCAGCCUGCGGUUUGUACGCAGCCAGCAAGUUCGCGCUCGAGGGGUUUUCGGAGGCACUUGCUCGAGAAGUGGAGGUUUACAACGUCAAAGUGGUCAUUGUCGAGCCCGGCGCUUUUCGGACGAAUUUCCUCGGUGCCUACAUCAGGUCAAAAUCGACGACCAACCUUGUCCACUAUCCCGCGGCCCAGGCAUCUUUUGACAAGUUCGACGCAUGGUCCGGCAAACAGCCCGGCGAUACGGUCAAAGGUGCAGCAGCCAUCGUUCGGGUGGCUUCCGGGAAAGGCACGAAUGGUCCUCAAGUGGGCAAGGCCAUGAGGUUGCCGCUCGGCAACGACUGUGUUGCGCGGCUGGAGGCCAAGAUCAAGUCGAUGAAGGAUGAUUUGGAUGGGAAUCGAUCGUUGUCGGAAAGCACGAACCACGAUGACUUGAAGUAG